AUGCUCGCACCUUCUUCCGACUAUGGAUACGUCCCUUCACCUGCAAACACUAUGAAUUACAAUCAACACCACGUACAGAGUGGUGAACGUCCCAAGCUCUUUAUGCAGCCGCCAAUUCUAGGCGACUUCAGUCACAUGGUUCAUCAUGGUACGUCUCAACACGGUAUGACACCACAACACUCGACUAUGACGCCGCAACAUGUCAUGGGUACGAAAUACGAGUCAGAGCCACUCAUGAUGAACGUACAAGGGACACCUCAUUACUACCCACCGUCUCAAAUGGGUACACAAAUGUUGCACGUGUCGUCCGACUAUGAGUAUGCUAAAGGCAGCGUGAUUACGCCUUCGAGUGUCCGCAGUAACUCUAAACGUUCACGGGAAGACCUUAAUUUGAAAGAAAAGAAGCGGAUGUUCAAGCUCAAUGACCGUAUCAAUCAACUCAAGGACAUGCUCGAUGAGGCUGGAGUACAGACGAAGAAGAACAAACAGUCGAUAUUGGACAAUGCUGCUCAUUAUAUUGAGAUGCUGCGUAGCAAUUUGUUAAUUGCUAAGCAAAAGGCCGAACGGGCCGAAAAACAGGCGGAAGUCUAUCGUUCACAAGCGCAAAAGACGUCUCAAGGCACGGAGAAAGUCGUCCGUGGAGUGUUUCAGAAGACGACGACACCUCGAGUUGUCGUGGACAUGAACAUGCAGACUAUCACGUUCAAUCAUGCCUUUAUGAAACACACGGGUCAGUCGGAACUCGUGCUAAAGAAACAAAAGACACUCCAGCCGUACUUGUGUGCAGACCAAAGCACGUUAUACAACAUCAUGAAGAAGGUUUGUGACACUAAUCAGUCGAUCAGUGCAGUCGUGAAGACGCCCGUUGCAGGAGGAAAGACAGUGACUGUCAAUCUAGUGGCUGCAGUUAUUACUGACGACAAUGGGAAAGCGACAAACGUCGAAUUCAGUCUCAUUCCGAUGGAGACGUCGCAACGCAUUGUACCGUCGAUGCGACAGAACGCCGAUGCAGUUCACGACGAGGCCGAGACAUCCGCGGAGGAAUCGGUAACGGACGGCGAGACGAAGGACAAUUUGCAAUUGUGA